CACACACUCACACACACUCUGUCCGUCUGUCUCUCUACCUCUUCUCCACACACACUCAUGGAUUAUCUCCACCUUCUGCUGCUGCUGUGGACCUGCAGCGUCCUGCCAGAUCUUCAGCUCUGUUUCAACUUUGACACAAAGAACUUCAAGAUCUUCUCCGGUUCUAAAGAAACCCAGUUCGGAUACACGGUCCAGCAACAUGAGGCAGGAGGACGGCAGUGGUUGCUGGUUGGAGCUCCCUUUGAAUCCACAGGGAAGCAGCAGACAGGUGACGUGUACAGGUGUCCGCUGGAUACAAGAGCCUCUGCAAACUGCAGCCGACUCCACCUGGGGAAACUUUCUCUGGACAACGUCUCUGAGAGGAAAGACAAGAUGAGGCUGGGAAUGUCGCUGACCUCUAACCCUAGAGACAACAGCUUUGUGACCUGUGGACCGCUCUGGUCUCAUGAAUGUGGAAGCUCCUUGUACAGCACAGGAAUCUGUUCCAGGGUCAGCCGAAACUUCAGACUGUCCCACACCAUCGCCCCCGCCCUGCAGAGGUGUGAGACGUUCAUGGACAUCGUGAUCGUUCUGGACGGUUCUAACUCCAUCUACCCCUGGUACGAGGUCCAGGACUUCCUCAUCAACAUCCUGCAAAAGUUCUACAUUGGCCCAGGUCAGACGCAGGUUGGUGUGGUUCAGUAUGGCUCCACAGUCGUCCACGAGUUCAGUCUGGGUGAGUACCAGACGGUGGAGGAGGUGGUGGAGGCCGCCAGGAGCAUCGACCAGCGUGGCGGAGAGGAGACGAGGACGGCGCUGGGCAUCAACGUGGCGCGGUCGGAGGCGUUCAAACGCGGCGGCCGAGCCGGCGCUCAGAAGGUGAUGAUCGUGAUCACAGACGGUGAAUCUCAUGACAGUCCUCAGCUGGUGCAGGCAGUCGGUGACAGCGAGAGAGACAACAUCACCAUGUACGCCAUCGCUGUCCUGGGUUACUACAACCGUCGGGGAAUCAACCCUGAAGCCUUUCUCAAAGAAAUCAAGUUCAUUGCCAGUGACCCGGACGAGAAACACUUCUUCAACGUGACGGACGAGUCGGCGCUGAAGGACAUCGUGGACGCUCUGGGAGAGAGGAUUUUCACUCUGGAAGGAACCAGCAGUCAGGGUCGAGGGUUUGGUCUGCAGAUGGCUCAGGCCGGUUUCUCCUCACAUUUAGUUAAAGAUGGCGUUCUGCUCGGGGCGGUCGGCGCCUACGACUGGAACGGAGCCGUGCUGAAAGAAACUAAACAUGGAAAAGUUGUUCCUCCAAAGUCCUCGUAUAAGGACGAGUUCCCAGAGGAGCUGAAGAACCACGGAGCCUACCUGGGUUACUCUGUCGGGUCACUCAUUUCCUCUCGCGGCUCUCAGCUCUACGUGGCCGGAGCUCCGAGGUUCAACCACACGGGAAAGGUCAUCGUUUUCACCCUGAAGAACAACGGAAACCUGACCAUCCUGCAGGCGCUGCUGGGAGAGCAGAUCGGCUCGUAUUUCGGCAGUGAGUUAUUAUCGAUGGACGUAGACGGAGACGGACAGACUGACAUCCUCCUGGUGGCGGCGCCCAUGUACUACAGUCAGGGCUGGGAGAGAGGGAAGGUUUACAUCUACUCUGUCACUCCACAGGCCUCUUUAGUCCUGCAGGGGGCGCUGCAGAUAUCUGACCGCUCUCAGAACUCCCGUCUGGGUUCGGCGCUGACCCAGAUCCCCGACAUGAACGGAGAUGGAUUCAGGGAGCUCGUGGUCGGAGCGCCGCUGGAGGACGACCACCAGGGGGCGGUGUACGUGUUUUACGGCCAGGACAAAACCAUCCAGCAUCAGUACAGACAGCGAAUCUCUGCUGCCGGUUUCUCCGCAGGUCUGAAGUAUUUCGGACAAAGUCUUCACGGGGUCCUGGACGUCAACGCAGACGGGCUGGUCGACCUCGCGGUGGGAGCGCUGGGAGCUGCCGUCAUCAUCUGGUCUCGGGGUGUGGUGCGGAUUCAGGCCAAACUGACCUUUGAACCCGAGAAGGUCAACAUCUUCAACAAGGACUGUUGGCGAGGAGGGAAGGAGGUCACCUGCAUGUCCAUUUCCGUCUGUCUGAGUCUGGACUCCAGGACCAAGACCAGGACAAAGACCAGGACAGCUGUGUGGUUCAGCCUGGUGUUGGACGAGAGGCGUUUCCCCCCACGAGCCGUUCUGGACGAAUCAGAUCGACAGCAGCCCAGGAGUCUGUUUCUGCAGGCCGGAGGUCAGAGCUGCCAACGCCUCGGGUUCUCUGUCCAGGAGACGACAGAUUACGGACGUCCCAUCACGGUUGUCCUGGAGACGGGGAUGCAGAACCCGGACGAGGGGCCGGUGUUGGACCCCGACUGGCCGAGCAUCGUGAGGGCUGAGCUUCCCUUCUGGAACGGCUGCGAGCAGGAAGACGUCUGCGUUCCCGACCUCGUCCUCCACAGUCGCACCGACCUGAUGGACGUUCAGCAGUUCUGCAGCUCGAGGGAGGCGGCGGCCUGGUCUCUCUGCGGCCAGCAGGGGGCGUCGCUGCGCUCGGUGUUCGUGGUGGAGUCCGGGCGGAGGAGGCUCGUCGUGUUCUCUCAGUUGGUGAACGAGGGAGAGAACGCGUACGGAGCCGCCAUCCACAUCUCCACCUCCUCCAACCUGAUCUUCUCCAGCCUCAUCGUCAAGGACCAAUCAGACAUUCAGAUCGAAUGCUCCUCUGAGGACAGACUGGCCACUCAGAGGUUCUGUAACAUCAGCGCUCCAUUUAUGAAGUCCUUGUCCCAGGUGUCUUUCCAUGUGGAGUUUGAGUUCAGCCGCUCCGUCUUCCUGGAUCACAUCCGGGUCUUCAUGGACACCACCAGUGAGGGUGAAGACGGAUUUCCAGAUGACAACCUCAGUGACAUCCUCCUGCCUCUGAAAUACCAAACCGACCUCCUGUUCACCAGAGACCCUAACCCUCCUCGGUUUGAAAUCAAAGCAGACUCUUCCUCUUCCUCCUCUUCCUCCUCUUCAUCCUGGGACCAGCCAGACAACAACUCACCCACCUUCAACCUCACUUAUAACAUCCAGAACCUGGGCAUCUUCUCAGUGCACGAUCUCCUGUUCAGAGCCGAUAUCUGGGCCCUGACCGCCAAGGGCAACCAGCUGGUGAACAUCACAGACUACAGCAUCGAACAGGUCGCAGGGUCCCACUGUAUGCUGCCUCCACUCAGAACAACCAAUCAGGUGACAGCUGAGGACCUGACUCAACUGUCACAGCUGAACCACAGUAACAGUGUGAGCAUGGCGGUCCAGUGCAGACUGAACCUGCCGGCCUCCAGAGAGGUGAAGGUGACGCUCAGAGGGAGACUUCAGCUUCCCGCUCUGCUCGCUGUGAGCUUCAGGUCUCUGGAGCUACUGACCGCUGCCUCCAUCCAGCUGGACGCAUCCAGUCCCAUGUUCCUCCAGGAGGACAGACCGGUCAGACAGAUAAUCCUAGAGCUGAGGAAGGACGAGGAUUACAUCGUCCCAGUCUGGAUCAUACUGGGAAGCUCGCUGGGAGGCCUGCUGCUACUGGCCUUACUGGUCCUGGCCCUGUGGAAGCUCGGCUUCUUCAACAGACGGAGGAGACAGGAAGAGGAGGAGCAGCCAGUAGCCAAUGGGAAGGCAGCAGAGGAGCUAUAAGGUGUGGGCGUCGCCGAUGCUGCGUUCUGUCGAUCCCCGUCGACUCGUGAAGCCACAAAGUCCGAUCGCUCGAGACGAGGAUCACCUGAAUGCAUCACAAGCCUCCACCUGUCACUCAGGGACCCUGAUGCCCCCCCCCCCCCCCCCGCUAAUCGCUCAACCAGUCACAGCCAUCGAUGACUAAUCAGCCAUAAACAUAUUAGACAAGUCAGCAAAACAAAACACGUCUGCAGUUUGUUUACUGUACAACCUAUUUAUGAACCAGCCAAUCAGCUUCAGCUCCAGUCAGUCAGUCAGUCAGUCAGUCAGUCAGUCAGUCAGUCAGUCAGUCAGUCAGUCAGUCAGUCAGUCAGCAGCCAGAGUUAUUUAAUGAUCUAGAAGAACAAGUCAUGUUUGAUUCUUCUGUUUAUUUUCAGUACGGUGGCCCUGAAGGACAAAACACAAGCAGAGAGAAAAUUUACUCCAAUUCCAAAAAUAAAAACAACAAAACAACAAAACACAAACAACAAGAAAACAACAACAAAUGAGACUUUAGCAGGACGGUUCCUUCACUUUUUGUGUUUCUAUUAUUAUUAUUAUUAUUAUUUAAUGUGUUUUGUCCAUCAGAGCCUCCACGAUGCGUUCAGGUGCAACAACAACAACUGUACGAAACCAGACUGUGUGAUAAACAAACCAAAAGGAGAAAAGAUGCGGAGACACGUCGUCCGUCUGAUCCUUUGAUCCUGAUCUGAUUCAGGUUUUCCUCUUUUCCCACAAACGUCUUUUUCAUUUCACCUCCAUCACUUCAGUCUGUGUGUGUGUGUGUAUUUGUUUUUUAUUUCCUCUAAUCUUUAUCCAUUAAUGGCGUUUACGCGACGAGGUGCUGACCUGUUGUGACCUGUGUGACCUGUGUGACCUGUGUGGUUCCAUGUCGUGUUUUCUCAGUGAGACCUGGAGCCGGUUUCACUCCCACACUAACGGCUUCAGAUCAUGUGACCAAACUGGGAAAACCUGCCCGACCACAUGAGAGCGGACGCCUCGCUGUGACGCCGCUCACAGCUGGUGUCUCUAACUGAGAGAGAAGAGACAACACAAGACUACCUACGAUGGCUGGUUUUACAUUUCCUUCUUUUAUACUAAUAUAAAUUGUAAAUGCAUCUUACAAACACAUAUUGUUUAUUAUUUCCAAAUUUAUAGCUGAUGCACUUUUGUUGUAUAAAGUCAAACUUGAACUGUAAAUAUACUCGUGUAUGAUUGAGGAUGAUAAUAAGGAUAGUGGCAUUAUUGUUUGAUAUGAAGCUGUUGUUCAGUUGCCGCUCUGCCUGUGGAUGUACUCGUCUCACAUGUUCAGUGUUUGUGUUCAUACAGGAAUAAACAUUAGAGAUGUAAAAGGUCGUGUGUCAUGUUGUUCUUCAUAUUCAUUCAUGAGGUUUUCAGUCUUUUUCUCAUCAAACAUUGUCAUUUAUUUUAUUAAAUUAACAUUAAACUAA